AGAUCUGUUGGUGUGUUUCAUUGUUACUGGAACAUGCAUUAGGAAAGCAUGGGCUGUUCAGCGGUCGAGUUCCUUUUUCUGACUUGUGGCCCCACUGAGGGGAAAAGGAUGUCAUCACGUAGUCAUCAGCAGCAGAGAAAUUUCGAAAGAGACCUCCCUGAAAAAGGACAGCCCACAAGCACUUCGGCUCUCAGAGGAGACAGAGCUCCUCGGUGAACGCAUCUGUGGGUCCAGCUCGUCUGUCUGUCAGUCAUGGAACCCAAGCGGAUCAGGGAGGGCUACCUGGUGAAGAAGGGAAGUGUCUUUAGCUCCUGGAAGCCCAUGUGGGUUGUGCUCUUAGAAGAUGGAAUUGAGUUUUAUAAGAAGAAAAGCGAUAACAGCCCCAAAGGAAUGAUCCCUCUGAAAGGAAGCACUCUCACUAGCCCCUGUCAGGACUUCGGCAAAAGGAUGUUUGUGUUUAAGAUCACAACAACCAAGCAGCAGGACCACUUCUUCCAGGCAGCCUACCUGGAGGAGAGAGAUGCUUGGGUUCGGGAUAUAAAGAAAGCCAUCAAAUGCAUUGAAGGAGGCCAGAAGUUCGCAAGAAAAUCCACAAGGAGGUCCAUUCGUCUGCCAGAAACCAUUGACUUGGGGGCUUUGUAUCUGUCUAUGAAAGCCACAGACAAAGGAAUAAAGGAACAGAUUCUGGAGAAGGACAAGAAGGUUUUUAAUCACUGCUUCACAGGUAGCGAGGUCAUUGACUGGUUAGUUUCCAACAAGUUGGUCAGGAAUCGCCAGGAAGGCCUCAUGAUUUCCGCAUCACUGCUCAGUGAAGGGUACCUGCAGCCUGCUGGGGAUUUGUCUAAGGAUGCAGCGGAUGGAAUAGCUGAGAACCCCUUCCUGGACAACCCGGAGGCUUUCUACUACUUUCCGGACAGUGGCUUCUUCUGUGAAGAGAAUUCCAGUGAUGAGGAUGUGAUUCUGAGAGAAGAAUUCAGAGGUGUGAUCAUCAAGCAGGGAUGUUUACUGAAGCAGGGGCACAGGAGGAAAAACUGGAAAGUGAGAAAGUUCAUCCUGAGAGAAGACCCGGCCUACCUGCAUUACUACGACCCUGCUGGGGGUGAAGAUCCCCUGGGAGCGGUCCACUUGAGGGGCUGUGUGGUGACGUCAGUGGAGAGCAAUCCCGAUGGCAAGAAGAGUGACGAGGAGAACCUUUUUGAGAUCAUCACAGCGGAUGAAGUUCAUUAUUACUUGCAGGCAGCCACUCCCAAGGAGCGUACUGAGUGGAUCAAGGCUAUCCAGACGGUCUCACGGACUGGGAAGUAA